CCUGUUUCUUCAUUUAGAGUGAUACGAAAGCCCUGUCGAUCUUUAGCAAUCGUCAUGCCUGGGGUUUGAGGUUCAAGGGGAUGAUAUCAUCAAUGCCAAGCAUUCGUGUUUGGUCUGUUUGCUUCCACAUGCCGAGGUGUUCCCGCUAAGCGAUGCAAACUCGACCACAAAGCCCGCGGUCAGAGCCACCUACACCAACCUACCGUCUUCGCGAUGGUCUCGCGUCGCGUCCUGAGGCCGGAAAUUGUCGAUCCUGAAUAAACUUUGCACCGUCGCAGUUCGAUCACGGGAGUCUCGGCUUCCGACCUUCACGAGCAGGUUGAAGCAGAGCGGAAGGGUGGGUGCGCACUUUUUGAGGCUCAGCGAGGUUGGGCAGCAAUCCCUCUUUCAGGCGUCAGAUUGACAGGGACGUUCCGCUUUGCCCCGGUUACUUCCCCCAAGCGAUGCUGCCAUGCUCUUACCGGACGAAUUCCAGGCCUUCUUGGUGGUUCACCUUUCCAACUUCAUCAUCCCGAGUAUCUCAGUGAUCACCGGAGACCUGAGACUCGAGAAUCGGCCCGUCAGCCAGGGCGCCACCAGCCUGUGGCAGAUGAGCUCUCGUCUCUCUUACCGCUCACAGCCUUCUCAUCGAAAAGUGGUCCAUGAGAAUCGACCGGCCCAACAGAAUGCAACAGCUCCAUUAUCAAGCAAUCGACACCCUCAAGCCCAGGACGGCGCGCCCCAGGACCCUGACAGGUCUAGAGGUAUCAUGGAGGGCUCGUGGCUGCUGUCCGAUCCUUCCACACCCGAGAGAGCCGGGAAUGCUAUGCUGCUUGACAACAGGUCGCACGUCGAGCCGCCGAUGUCAUAUUGUGCGACAGCUGCCCUGGAUGUGAUUGCUACAUCUUCUCUGUGUUACUGUGAAUAUGCGCCUUAUUCUAUCAUGCGACUUGUCAAUAUGCAGCCUUCGCAGCGGCUGGCGACGCACAAUCAAUCGCGUCGACCGCGGGCGGUAAUUUCUACACGGCCUGGGGGAAGCUUCCAUGCCGCCAGCGCAGUUGAGACGGCUGAAGGGAAACGAGAGCCGCCUUCCACUUGACCAAGGCCGUCUCAAUCAAUCCCUCACUUGCUGGCCUACCGUGCGAGACGCAGCAGUUAAUUCCUCGUGCUGCGCGCUUUUCUCGGACAAUCUGGAGGCGGUCUGUAACAGGCUUUUUUCUCGCGGACCCUGGCGCGGAACGAAAAAGCA